AUGUGCAGUAUUACUCAGAGCUUACAGGAGGAUCAAACCUCCACAGAGUCUCUGGAUUCUGUCUGUAACGCUGGAGAAGAGCAGCAGAUCCUGCAGACCAAACUCAAGAUGUCUUCAGUUAAACCGAUGGACAGUGGGAACCUAAUGAUGAAGAUGAGAAGAGAAACUACAGCAGAUGAAGAUCACACUGAGGAAGAUGAUGACAAUCAUGAUGAUUUUAUUCCUUCAGAUAAGAUCAGUGAUUCGUGUUUGGAUGGAGAAAUAACGUCUUUAUCAUCAAAAGAGGGACAGACGGCACAAACUCUUUCCUGCAUCACCGAUGGAGAGACAUUGAGCUCACAGAGACAUUUAGAUAGAAAUGCAGAACAAAAACUCUUGACCUCCACCAGAUCUGAGAUCAGCUUCACUACCUUACAAAAGUAUAAACGUCAUCAUUCAAAAGUGCACAGAGAGAAGAAGAAGCAGUUUCACUGUCAGCAAUGUGGGAAGGAUUUUGGCUACUUAUAUCAGCUAAAAGUUCACAUGAGGACACACAGUGGUGAAAAGUCUUUCUACUGCACUGAAUGUGGCAAAUAUUUCAGCACCAAAAAAACUCUUGAUAUUCAUCAGAGAAUUCACACUGGAGAAAAACCUUACGUCUGCUCUCAAUGUGGAAAGAGCUUCUCUGAUUCAAGUACUUUUAGAGUUCAUCAGAGAGUUCAUACAGGAGAGAAACCAUACGAGUGUCCUAACUGUGAGAAGAGAUUCAGCCAAAAACCUCAUCUGAAGAGACAUCUGCGUAUACACACCAAUGAGAAAACGUAUCAGUGCAGUCAAUGUGGAAAAACCUUUAGGGAUUCAGGUUCAUUAAAAUCACACCAGAAUAUUCACUCUGAGGAGAAACGCUAUCAGUGUUCACACUGUGAUAAAUGUUUCGGUCUGAAAUCGAGUCUGAUAACCCAUGAGAGAGUUCACACUGGAGAAAAACCUUAUGUCUGCUCUCACUGUGAAAAGAGCUUCUCUCGUCCAAGUAAUUUUAAAGCUCAUCAGAGAAUUCAUACUGGAGAGAAACCUCAAUCACUGUACUGUUUGUGGGAAGAGUUUCAGCAAAAAAUGUAAUCUAAAGAAACAUGUGCGUAUACACACCAAUGAGAAACCAGAUCAGGUUUUAGUGAGACACCAUAGAACUCAUACAGGUGAAAAACCGUUACAAAUGUUCUCAGUGUGAGAAGACGUUUACUAAGCCAGAUUCCUUAAAAGCCCAUUUGAGAGUUCAUACGUGAGAGAAACCUUACGGGCCCUAUCAUACAUCCAGCUCAAUGUGCGACGCAAGUGCUUUUUGCUAGUUUCAACCCAGCACAAUGAUCAUUUUCACAUUUAGUGCCACGUUGUUUAAAUAGCAAAUGAAUUUGCGCCCAAUUUUGCACCCAUGGCCGUUCUGGUCUGAAAAUGAGGUGUGUUCAGGCACAUUCUUGGUGCGUUGCUAUUUUGAGGCAACUAAAAUAGACUACACCAUUGACCAACUAAAACCUGCUCUAAAGUCAAUGGCGCAAUAUUGUUUUUGUUAUUUAAUGAGCUUGUUAGUAAUACGGGACGACAGUGCGCGUUUGCUUAUCACACACAUGGAUGCGCAGCAGAACACAACCCUUUUAUAAUAUGAAAAAUUAAAGGAUUCAAAUGUAAAAGAUUAUUAUUGAGUCUCUUGGACUUAAAUGAGGACCAAUUAUGAGACGUUAGAAGAUGUAAAGAGCUGCUUCACCUGUAGCUUGGUAAGAAAUUGUUUUGCUUUAAACAAAUGCUUCUGUUUUUAAAUGUUUUUUAAAUGCUACCUCACGAAUUUGUACCCGUGGAUAUGGUGAGAUAAGAAACAUUUUUAAGUAAUGCUUUAAAAAAAACAUGGCGCUGUCUGAGUGCUGAAAAUGUUCUCUGCACGUUUGUAAAUUCUUCAUCUCUUGUUUGUUACAAAUAAAGUAUUUUUAAAGUACAAA